AUGGCACUCUCAGAACCGGAUUCUGUAGACGAACAGGAUCCUCGAAAUGCUGGAGAUGAGAAGAAGCAAAAGAGCCGGAGACCAGCAAGUGCGCAUAAUGCCUCGAUCCCUAUAUCCCCCCACCAUGACUUCUCAUUCUGUCCUGUCCCCAAAGCAGGAACUUUUCCGGGCGUCGCACCAGUGAACACCACCGUAUGUUCGCUGUACUUCGAGAUUCCAAAUGAUAUCGGACCCUCGGUAUUCCUCUAUUACCGUCUCACCAACUUUUACCAAAACCACCGACGAUAUGUUAAGUCCUUGGACUUGGACCAACUCAAGGGCAAGGCUCUCCCCAAUAGCACGAUAAACGGGAGCCCCUGCGACCCGCUCAGGAUUGACCCGGAGACUCAAAAGGCGUAUUACCCCUGUGGCCUCAUUGCGAACUCGGUAUUCAAUGACACUUUCUACUCCCCCGCUCUCCUUGGGACAGUGGACAACCAGUUCUAUGAAAUGACCAACAAGGGAAUAUCGUGGAGUAGCGACAAGCAAUUAUUCGGGAAGACUGAAUACAAGCCAGAACAGAUCUGGCCUCCUCCCAACUGGCGGAAACGGUAUCCCGAUGGCUACAACAAUAAGACUCCUCCACCUGAUUUGCAUGAGUACGAAGAACUCCAGGUGUGGAUGAGAACGGCAGGUUUACCGACAUUCAGCAAACUGGCGAUGAGAAAUGACAAAGAUGUUAUGAAAGCUGGAAGUUAUCGAAUUGACAUAGAUGACAGUGCGCCCGGCCCCCUUACUUGCUGUCGAUUUCUGGCUUAUUUCUCCCCUUUCUUACUUCACCAUCUAUUAUUUCGUUGUUGGCUAACAGGCAUGAUUACUACCAGAUUUCCCGGUCACCCGUUACGGAGGGACGAAAUCUAUCGUUUUGUCUACAAAUACUGUGGUGGGUGGAAACUUGGUGACCACACAUAUCUGACGUGGAAUAACGAACAGCCUAGUACAGCCACCACAACUGGCCGUGAGCCCCGGUUCGGCGGCAGGUCGUGA